AUGGCGGCUACCGCCCUUCAUACAGCUGCCUCUGUGGCGUCUCCGUGCCUAUCUUACCAGUGUAUCCUCCCUCUCAUCCCUUCCACGUCCCGCUUCCCGCUCUUCAUCCGACCCUUUCCCCCCGCACCCACCACUAUCGCGUCACCUCCAGCUCUCCCGCUCAGGAGCCUGUCGUCUUCCCUCUCCCAGUCCUCCGCCUUCCGCCAAGCCUGCGCGCGAACCUCGGCCUCGCGAGCCAGCAGUCUCGGCGCGAGCCGCCGGGGAGGCGUGGCGGUGCGCUCCAUGGCGUCCGAGGGCGGGUCCGGCGGCGGCGGAGGCGGAGUGGACAUCUGGGUUGGGCGGCUGGCGAUGAUGGGCUUCGUGGGAGCUCUGGUGAUGGAGGUGGCUACUGGCAAGGGGCUGCUCGAGCUGAUUGGAGUGCCCACGCCUCUGCCGGCCCUGGCGCUGGUGAUUGUGGCUGCAACGGGUGCACUGACUGCCUUUGGUGUCUUCCGCUCCUCCCAAGACUAG